AUGGCUGGCAUUCCCGAGUCAAGACGAGCACGUAUCGACCCAGUGUCGGCGAUGUACCGUACCUCUUACGAUCUAGCUACGCUCCUUCUUCAUGAGUUCACUCACGCUUUCUGCAUGGCAUACUUCGAGCGUCCGAAUGUUUUUGAUAUACGAGAACCUUGGGCUCCAAUGAACAGGACAAACGAGCAAGGGUAUGCGUUCGAGAACUUUGCGCUGGGUGGCGUACUCAAGUCCUUAAGAGUGGGUAUUCCACCCAUACACGAUGAAUUUCACAGUAUGCAGGCCGUUCUCGCACCUUUUGGGCUCUACACCAACCGCGAAUGGGACGCUUGGUUUGGAAACCCAGCCAACAAAACUCAUGCUACCAUGGAUUCGGACCUGGAUCAUGUGGAAGACCGUAAGCCAUCAAGCAGGGAAUAUCCGGUUCCCCAGGCGUGGACACAAUGGUUGUUCUCGGAAGAUCUCUGGACCGAUCAGGUUCUUCGAUUUGGGCUCGAAGCAAUCAAAGUGCCAAAACACAAGAAGUGGGAGGUGGUCAAAUUACCCUAUGGUACGAGGGGUUGGAACGGCACAGGCGAGCACAGAUGGAACACUGCUCCUGGCACAGAUGACAGGAUAUGGGUGCCAAACUGGGAUGAUUUCUACCUCGACGGGAUUCCAGAAGAAGCCCGAGUCUUCAAACAUCCAACAUGGGAUCCAUAG